AUGGAGGCCAUGGCGGGGGUGGAGGCGGAGGACACUCAGGUGGACAUCAUUCAGGAGGUAUUAUCAUCAUUUUUUUAAAUAAAAUAAUUAAAUUCAGGACAUCACAGUGGUAGUUACAGUGGCUGGGGAGGACACCAUCAUCCUUACGGAUCGUUGGUUUUUAUCCUUAAAUUUUAUUGGGAAAAGUUCAAUCCUUAAUGAGCAUCCCGAAAUGUUGUUAUCGCGAGUUAAAACCGGAAUAAAUCAAUUAUUAUCUAUAACAAAAAAAAAGCGUGGACGCACGUAGAAUGGCUCAACGCGUCGCGGUCACGAUCAAAAAAAGAUUAUUUGAAAAAAUUGCUUUUUCUCAUGUGUUCAAAUUUCCGCAAAAUGCAAAAAUAUCUCUGACUCUCCAAGAUUAAGUUAUCUUUUUCACUUUCUGACGGAUAUUUUGAAUUUUUCGGAAUCUCUUUGAACACGGCAUCAAAAUUCUAGCCGAUGUGGUCUUUAGGCGAAUUUUUCAAUAGUUUCCGACAACCGGCGCGCGCAAACCGUUUCGGGUCGGACGCAAGCCAUUCUAUGUGCGCCCUGAGCUUCUAACUCAGCAAGACUGUAGUUUAUACUGACAAGAGGUCUUAGAUAACAUUAAAAUGCAUCAACAACUGGUGAAAUUUAAACAAGAACUGAAAAAUUAUUGACUCAGCGAAUCUCGUCUAAUAUAUAUUUCAAAUUUUACAAAAAAAAAAUCAAAAAUUUUUUUUUAGAUAUGGAGGAGGCUACAGCAACUACUACGAAAGUUUUUCUUGAGAUAUCGACAAAAAUGAUGAAAAUUUGCAGGCUACAGCGGCUACACUGGUUACAAUGGAGGCUACGGGACCAAUUAUUACUAUCCAAGUUACGGAUACUCCAGCUACAGUCAGCCCUAUUACGGGUACAGCUACUAUCAGCAACAGACAAGCUGUCAAAGUGAGAUGAGGGAAAAAUGGAAAUUUUUGAAAAAUCAUCUGGCAAGGAAACCUUUCUCACUAACCCCCUCCCCCCCUUCCCCCGGUUGAACUUUUGCUGAAACUUCGCUGAAGCGUACAUUAUGACCCCCUAAUUCUAGAACAAAAAGAAAAUUUCUCGCAAUAGAUCUCGUUUUCGAGUUAGGACACUUCAAAAGCCCGAAAUAGCCCUUUUUGGCCCAAUUUGCGUAUUUACACACUUUGAAGCUCCAGAACUCGGAAACAAGAUCUAUUGCGAGAAAUGUUUUUCUUGAUCUGCAAUCAGGGGUCCUAAAGUACACUUCAGAAAAGUUUCAGCAUAAGUUCAACUGGGGUAAAAAACGUUCCUGGUCAUGGUUGAACUUUUACGGAUCUCCUGGUUCCAAAAAAAUAAAAUUUUCUCUACUUUCGAUCUCUAGGAGAGUUACGACACUUGAAAGUUGGAAAACUACACAAAAUUUGAGUGAAAAAUGCCGGUUUUUUGCUUUUUUUUUAAUAUUAGGAGGUCCUGGGGCCAGCCAAUUUGAUCAAAUUUUCAAUUUUUUGGAAGCUCAUUUUUGGAUAACCCGAACCUGCUUUGAUUCAAAAUCGGUAGAAUGCUUAACCAUUUCAAAAUCUGAAUAGAAUAUAAUUUAAUCGUUCUUUAACAUUUUUUUAAAAAAAUCUUUCUAGUUUUUUUAGUUUUUGAAGCAAAAAGUCAAAAAAAUAAAAGAAAAUGAAAAAGGUCACGAAAAAAACUUGCGACCGUCGAUUAAAUUUUAUUACUGAUAACUUAAUGUUUCAAAUAAAAUGACGUCAUUUACAGACUCCCAAUUGGUCGACUACGUCAACGGCGCCCCACGGUACUACUGCGAUUGCCCACCGGCCUCUCAAAUUAUCAAUAUUAUCAAUGUUCUCCUUAUUACAGUGGCAAAUAAAGCACUAUAAAAAAAAUUUUUUUAUUAAAUAUUAUGUUUUUGUUUUUUUCACCUCUUUUCUGUUGCGAUUAAACCUAAUAAUUGUCGUGUGUGUUAUAAUAAAUAUCUUUUUUUGGCUUGAAAAUCUUACAAAAAAACAGUAAACCAAAAAUUAUUUUUACUGUGACGCCGCUUUACGCAAAAAUAAGAAGAGGCGCCAAAAAAAAGUAGAAAACAUACGAUUUAAUCAUAUCAGAGUUGAUUUCGAAAAAAAUCCUCUACAAUUAGAACUGCGAAAAGAAUUCUAAAAUUGAAAAAAAAUCCAAAUUUUAACGACCGUAUGACGAAUAUUGAAGAUCCGUGACCUUUUUCUGAUAAAAAGCAUUUUUUUAAUGAUUUUCUUCAUUAUGUUGUUUAGGAAUCAAACACCAAUUAACUACCUUGAAAACGAUGUCGAGAAACAAAGUUACGGACUAAAAAACAACAAAAAACGCCGCUCAUUUUUCUUUUUUUUCUCAGAAAAGGUGAUGCGAAAUUUCAUACUUUUACUGGCUCUAAUCGCAAGUUUUGAAGGUAAGGAUAUUCUUAAAAAAAUUAAUUAAAUAUUAUUCGAAAAUAUCUUCUACAGUGAUAACCAGAACUACCUCACGAUUCUUGAAAAAACUUUAAAGUUGCAAAAAAAAAAAUGAAGCUGAGCCGAAAAAGAGCAUUCCAUUCAUAGUAAAGCCUAGAAAAAUCGUAAAAAAAUCUUAUUUUUGAAUUCAAAUUUUUUUGAUCUCACUAAAUUACAAUCUGCCCUUGAAAAAUUUAAGUUUUCAGUAUCUGCCUAUCACCUUCAUCACUGGUAUCUGGACGGAAGAUAGUGAGUUAACUUCAAAAUUUAAAAUAUAAAAUGAAUAAAUCAGAGAUAAAUAGGUCAAUAUUUUCGCAAUUAGUUGAAAAAAUCCCUUUAUAAUCAAAAUACGGCACAAACCAACCUUUUCAAAAUGAAAAUAACUAAUUAUCGUGAAAAUGAAUCUAUGAAAUCUGUUCAAAAAGCCUGACUGGAAUAUUGGGAGCCGCAAAAGUCUGCAACACUGCCAAAACGCUGGAAACGGCUCUUCGUUUCAAGCUUUUCAUGAAAAACGUCCAUGCUCCUUUGAACACCCCAGCGAAAAAUUAAAACAGAAUACACUCGUUUGAAAAAAAAAUAAAGAAAAACGAAAAAAAAAACCUCGUCUGUCGGGAAGUUCGACGUUUCUUGUUCCUACACCGUGCAGUCAGGAAUACCGUAGCCACGCCGAGAAAAAAAAUUAUUUCGUCUCUUCUUUCCUUCUUUCUUCGUUCUAAUCCUGAUGACUUUCAUGAAAAAUACUGCUUAGAUCCGUUUAACCAGCUAGAGAAAGGAAUAUUUUCAAGUUACAAUUUAGAACGUAGAAAAUUAAAACAGAUUUUUUUUUUAAUUUUUCAGUGGAUACGACGCCUACGGUCGACCCAAUCGAUAUCCCCAGCCGUACUUAUUUUACGGCCAGCCAAAAAUCAACAGUUACAGUCAGCAGUACUACGUCUACAAUAAUCAAUUGAGAAAAAGUACCGACAUGAUUAUAGCGAUGCCUUUGGCUGUAUAUUAUGGAUAA